AUGGCGUAUCAAUUCUUCGCAAAGGCUCACCAGAACAAGUCGCCCACUUCCCCGCCCCUCUCGCCUCCUCAUCCCUCCUCAUCACCCGUAUCCGGCGCCAGACACGCCCGGCCGCCACGACCACCACAGCCUCUAGUCGUUCCUCCGCCGUCCCAGUCCUCGUCAGUCAACAUCUCCACCAAGUUCAAGCCUCCAUCCAGCAAAGACCCCUCCUUUCAACCCCCGGCCUACCCGCACCCCGUCGAGGCAGGCUACCAAACCCCGCAUCCGCAUGUCACCAUCGAGUCCGUCAGCACCGCGCACAUCCCGUCCCUGACGCGCAUCACCGGCUUGCUCCUCCCAAUCCGCUAUCCAAACUCCUUCUACACAGCGACCAUCACCGACCCGGUCAUCGCGUCGCUGUCCCGCGUUGCCAUCUACCACGACCAUCCCGUCGCGGCCGGCCCAGCAGCAGGCACCACGCCGUCUGCGUCUACCGCUGGCACCGACAAGGUGAUCGGCGGCAUCCGGUGCAGGCUGGAGCGUCUCCCGCCGUCCGGCGCAGAAAUCCUCCCGCAGUCGGAGACAGCGCACCUGUCCCAGCCAGAACCGACCAACCUCUACAUCCAGACGCUGCAUCUUCUCUCCCCGUACCGUGGGUGCGGCAUCGCCGCCUCCCUGCUCAACGCGCUGCUGUUUGCCUCGAACCCGUCGGCAGCCGGCGCCCGCGCGCCGCCCUACCCGCUCUCCGACCUCGUGAAACACUACAACAUCCGCACUGUCACGGCGCAUGUCCACGAGGCGAAUGAGGAGGGUUUGAAGUGGUAUAUUGCGCGUGGGUUUGAGGUUGAAGAGGGCGUUGUGGAGAACUACUAUCGGCGACUGAAACCGUCCGGUGCGCGGAUCGUGAAACUGGUGCUUCCGUGGGGCGGAGAGUCUGCCGUCAAGACCACCGAGAAGAACCAACGGUCGCCACAGGGCCGCGAAGAUGAAGAUGACGACGAUUGGGAAAAGGUCGAAGCAGAGGAUGGAGACGACCCGGAGGAGCACGGGGUCCAACCCGUUGCGGACUCGCCGCUCCCGGAGGUCGAGGAUGGGUCGAGUAGGAAACGCAAGGCUGAUGAGGAGCCUCAGCGGUCGUGA